AUGGAGUUUUACUUGGAGAUCGACCCUGUCACCUUGAACCUGAUCAUCCUCGUUACAAGUUAUGUCAUCUUGCUCCUGGUUUUCCUCAUCUCCUGUGUGCUGUAUGACUGCAGAGGCAAGGACCCCAGUAAGGAGUAUGCUCCCGAGGCCACUCAGGAUGCCCAACCUUCCAUCCACUUGGUGGUGAUGCAGCAAAGCACUCCAGAGGCCACCUGGGCAAGGGGUCCUGGGCUUCAUUUGGGAAAUCCUGCUCCACUAGGGAAGAAAAGCACUAUGGUCUGA